AUGGAUAAAAAUACGAUUGAUUCAAACGAUACUGAACCCAAGGAAGUUUGUCUCUCAUUUACAGGUGGAAAGGAUAGUACAUUAACAUUACACUUAAUAUCCGCACAACCAUCAAAAUAUAAAGUAACAUCCUUGAUUACAUUCACUCCUCCUGCAACCACAAGACCAUUUUUAGCACAUUCACAACAUUUAAUAUCACUUCAGGCAAAAGCACUUUCACUUCCUCAUUCAUUUUUACCAGUAACACCACCAUAUUUGGAAUCAUAUCGUUCUUUAAUUAUUUCUCGAAAUGUACCAUAUUUAGCUACAGGUGAUAUAUUAGAUGUAUGUAAUCAAUUUAUGGAUCGUGUGGUAGAAAAUACUAAUGUUAAAUUACUUCGCCCAUUAUGGGAAAGAGACCGAAAUGAAUUAAUGAACAUAAUAUUUUUAAAUAAUUUUGAAAUAUUAAUUACUUGCGUUAAUUUAAACAAAAUCAAUGAAAAUGUGGCUAGAAAAAUGGUUGGCAGUAUGUUGACAAGAGAACUAUAUGAAAAUAUUAUUUUAAAACAAAAUAAUGUUGAUGCAUGUGGUGAAAUGGGUGAAUAUCAUAGUAUGGUACUUAACGCACCUUUAUUUAAAAAGAAAAUUAUUAUAAAAAAAGGCGAACAAAAAUUAUCCGAUGAUGGAAAUUUUUUAUAUUUUACAAUUGAUGACUGCGAAAUAAUUGAUAAAUAG